AUGACGGGACGGAGCGGGUCACAGGCAUGCACCUGCCAGGGCGAAACGUGUUCAUGUUCCAGGGAAUCUGCAUUUGUGACUGACCCCCGCCCCGUGGCGCAGAGUGCAGGCUGCGUCCCAUCAGCCUCCUCUCUCUGGGUCGUUUCGCUCUUAGACGCCUCGUCUGAUAUUUCCUUUAUUUUUGUUCCAGAACAGAGAGUGGAAGAUGUGAGGCUGAUCAGAGAGCAGCACCCUAACAAAAUCCCGGUGAUUAUCGAGAGGUACAAGGGGGAGAAGCAGCUCCCAGUGCUGGACAAAACCAAGUUCCUGGUCCCGGAUCACGUCAAUAUGAGCGAGCUCAUCAAAAUCAUCCGGCGACGUCUGCAGCUGAACGCCAACCAAGCUUUCUUCCUGCUAGUGAAUGGCCACAGUAUGGUGAGCGUGUCCACUCCAAUUUCUGAGGUUUACGAACGGGAAAAGGACGAGGACGGAUUUCUCUACAUGGUCUAUGCAUCACAGGAGACUUUCGGGAUGGAAAACGCAUAAGAACGCCCCGCCAUUGCCACAGCAUUGUUUUUAUUUUUGGUUUUAUUUAAAGUGAUUUGUUUUUUCCCUUUGAGUCCUAUGGGAAAACUUUAGCAGCGGGCCGGUCUUCUCGGAACGGCUCCGUAUGUAUUCGCGCUCCCCGUGCCUCCUGCAUAGAAUUAAAGCCCGAGAAGGCCCAGGUUGUACCAUGUGUAAUGUGAGAGCUGCGUCUCAGAGUCAGGCCGUCUCUGGAAAGGGGGGAACGUUUUAGUUUUUCAUUGACCUGUAAUUUCAUGUGUUUUAUGCUGUAUUCUAUCCUGGGGGUCAUCAUCCGUACAUCCACUGUCCAGUGUCUGUUGGGGCGGACCGCGCUGCUCCAGUUUGUGUUGUAAUUAUGUAAUUUAUCCCCAGUCCUAAUUGUCUAUGUAACUGCUCCAUAUCCAACGCUUCCAUUUCGGGAUGGGAAAUGACGAGUUGUCCUGUGCGGACGGAGCGGGGCUGCGCUCACGUGUUCAUAUGUACAUCGUCGAUACAUGUAGGCGAAUGUUUCCUUAAUGCUUCCGUAUGCAAAGCAGUUUCUCACCCCAUGCCAGGCAAACCUCAGUGCGACUAGCGCCGAGUACGACGGCAAGCGGGGCCCCUGUAGUGGAGCCGGCGGCAGGCUAGACUCGUGGUAUCGGGGGGUGACCAGUAUGGCGGUGCAGAUGUGUAGCUGCCGCCCCACUACCUGAGCAAUAUCUCGGCUUCUGCGCAGUGCGGAGGGACGUGUGAUUCCCACAUAAUAACCUUAUGCACGGUUUUCACUUUAUUUUCGUCGUAGCCUCAGACAGAACGUGGAUUCGCUGAUUUUGUCUUCAGUAACGACCCUUUAUUUCACAUAUAAUUUUUUUAGUUUUGCUUUGUUCUUGUAUAAAUAAAGCUUUUUAUAUAUA